AUGUUAGAUAAUAAUAAUAAUAAUAGUAAAAUUGAUUCAUUAUUUUUUUCAGUAUGGAGAAACAAGUAUAUAUUAAGCGAAAUAUGGGAACAUAUCAGAUUAUAUAAUGAAAAUGAAAUAAUAAAUAUUAAAACAAUGGAUCAGCUUAGAUAUCAUCCACAUAGAAAAUAUAUUACAUCAGUUUUUAUUUAUAAUAAUGAAGUAAUAGAAACACCAAAUACAAGUAACAUUAUAAGUUUUAAACCAAUUAAAGCAGGCGAUAUCCCAGAAUCAGUCACAAGUCUAAGAUUUAGUUAUAAUUACACCACGCCAAUUGAUUUUAAAUCAGCUCUACCUUCAGGACUUAAAAUAUUUGAAUACCCUAACUUUGAUGAGCCACUCACACCACAUUCUUUACCCCCAAAUAUUAGCACUGGUGAUUUACCUAAAACAUGCGAAAUACUAAAUUUAAAUAAAUAUAAUCAACCAAUAGAACCCAAUGUUCUUCCACCAAAUUUAAAAACACUAUUUACUUGUAAAUUUAACCAACCAAUGACCCACGGUUCACUUCCAGAUUCGGUCACCGACCUUACUAUGGAUAUUUAUAAUCACUCAUUAUCAAACUCACUGUCAUCUUUAAAUUCAUUAAAAAAACUAUCAUUGUAUGGUUUUUUUCAGGGUAUAUCCAGAACAACAUUACCAAGUUCAAUUACAUCAUUGAAUCUAUACCAUUUUAAUAAACCUUUAAUGCCAAACGUACUUCCAUCUUCAAUAAUAACCCUCAGAUUAAACAAUUAUAAUCACCCAUUAGGACCGGGCGUAAUUCCGCCCAAUGUAGAGCAUUUAGAAUUAAGUUCAUAUAACUGUUUCCUUAGUAAAAAACUAUUCCCAAAUACUCUAUGCUAUCUAUUAAUCUCAUGUUUCAAUAAACCUUUUUUAAAAGACUCUAUACCAUCAUCAAUUAAACAUCUUAGGUUCUGUGAUAAUGGUCCUGAAAAAUUUGAAAUGGAUUCAAUUCCACCAUCUGUUAAAAUUUUAGCACUUCCAUGUGUCUAUAAGCAUCCUCUUCCAGUCGGUUUAAUUCCAAACUCUGUAGUAGAUUUAUCUUUACCGGGUAAUUGUUCUCCUCUUCAAGUGGGUGUAUUACCAGAAUCCCUCACUUCAUUAGCCUUUGGUUAUGGUUUUAAUCAACAUCUAGACCCAAAUACUAUUCCACAAUCAGUUACCCAAUUAAAACUAAAUAGAAUUUAUUCACAACCAAUACCAGACUCUUUAACAAACAGGAUAAAAAUAACAAGAUAA